UAUUUUUUAAAUUUCUGAUAGACUUUUUUAUUUAUAUUUCCUUCCGUGUUAUUAAAAAUGAAAUAUUCAUCUAUGACAUUGGACAAAAUGACGAAUUCUACGAUCGGUUUAAUAACAACAAAAAAUGCAACUAAUUUCAAGCUGCACUCACGCACACGCAGGCACAAGCAAUAUGUAACGAGCGAAACCGAAAUUAGCUGCUUUCAUCCCAUGGGACUCAACUUGGAUGCAGAUGAGAACUGUAACUUCGUGCGCCAAAAUUAUUAUUGCAAUUUCAAUACGAAACUCAUCAACUAUUUGGAAUUCGCUGUCUGCACAAUGAGAAUCGACAAUUAUCCUUGGUAUGGGGAGAUCGGUUACAUAAUAUGCUCUUUCCUUCUGUUACUAUUCCUGGUGUUUACAUUCUUCAUAAUGACUCGAUGGUUCAUCAUACCGAAUUUGCUUACCUUGUUGAAUUGGUGCUCACUUAAAUCAUACCAAUACGGCGUAAUUAUCGUUUCGAUCUUAAUGAUAUUGCCUAAUUUAUUCAUGAGUUCAAUAAUUUGCAACGCGCCCAAAGAGAGCUAUUCCACUUUAAUCACCGAAUUGAGCAGCAAAACUUUCACAAUGUACGGCUUUGGCAUGGCGUUGAUCGCAGUCAAUAAGAAUGUCUACACUUCCCCAUUGCGUUGCGUUGUGGAUCUCUCAGUGAUUUUGCUGGGAAAUAUUUAUAUAUUCCUACUGAUCCAUUUCAAAACCAAAAGUGAUAAUUUACCAAAGGACGAACAGUUUGACUUAAAGUUGGGAUUGCAUGCAAAACUUUUAAUAGUCGCUUACUCGGUUUAUCUCUUCGCACAACUCUACGAUCCGUUCAAGAAAUUUAUGGGGAAAAGCAAAAGGGUUGCAAAUGUUAUGGCAGCGCCAGAAGAAAUUGAAGGUGAAAUUGUUAUUGAGGAUGUAUUGGAAGAAGUGGCCGCAUAUGUGUCAGCGAAUGAUAACCCAUCUGUACUAAAGGAGAAUUUUCGCCCACUUUACGGAGAUAUUUUUGGAAAAAAGUUCAUUGUAUUGAACAUUUUAUGUGCGCCAAUUUGGUUUGUCUUAACGCUCCUAAUACCCGUAAUCAAUGAAAAUUUACCAUUUCAAGGUUGGCACAAGUACCUGCUAUGUGUGAAUCUUUUCUUCAUAUCCUUGCCUUUAUUUGGAUACAUACAAAUGAAGAUAUGUUUUAUAUUUAUCGCUAUUGGGUUUCUGUUGUCGUUAGUUCUGGUGUUUGCUACAAAUGCUGCGGAGCCACCUAGCUAUUAUAAGAUCUUCAGUAUUUUCGGUUUAUUUACGGCUUUUAUGAUAUACCACUUAAUUGUAAUGGAAAUCGAUACUAUAAUUCAACAGUGUCUUCAAUAUGCCGCAGGUUGGAAUAUUGAUGCCGUCACUGUUAUCUCUUCUUCCUUUUCCAAUGGCUUCACAGAAAUUAUGCUUAUACAUGAGAUAAUCAAAUGCGGUGAGGAGGACAUAGCUUUCGGACUCGUCAUUGGCUUGGUAGUAUAUAAUACGCUAGGAGGGUUUCCUGUUAUGCUGCUUCAGCCCUGUUUUGAUACUUCAUCAAUUAUGUUCUUGACUAACAGUAAUUCCACUCUACACGUAUUCCUGUUCAUGCUGAUCGCGUACAACUUUUUCGCAUUGGUGAUCUCCAAUUUCGAACUACGUCGCAGCUAUGGAGUUUUCUUAUUCAUUUUUUGUUGUAUCUUCUUUCUUUUUAUAAUACUUAUAGCAUGUGAGUGCAUUCAUUCCUAUGGCUCUCAGCAUUCCCCUAUAGCUCUUUAUGAAACCACAGCGCAUGCUAAUUGGUCUUAAGUAUAUAUGUGUGUAUAUAUGUAUGUGCAUUUUUAUGUAUGUAACAUGAAAGUAAA